GUCGCGAAGGCGCCCGCCCAGCCUCCCACUUCCAAGCAUUCCAAACCGCCAAAUGUCCUUCUAUCGCAACAAUUGAAGCUCAAUUCGUCGCGCAGCCCGCCCUAUCCUCACCACCGCAAAAUAACCGACAAUUCUGGGAGAAGGGCAUCAUCACACUCGCAGCCAUGGCGCUCCUACAAAUGAAGGCGCCUGUUGACUACCAGGUGCAGCAGACUGCGUUCGAGAACUUCCUGUCCGACUUCAAGACCUCCGCGCAAGAGACCAUCACCCAUGCCUUGGGCAACAUCAACAUCGACGAGGACGACCUCAGCGACGAGUAUGACUUUAUGGAUGAGGACGACAAUGCCCAGCAGCAGCGCCGCCGUCAAAAGGCUCAGAAGCAACCGCCGCGGCACAAGUACCGCGACAUGCUUCAGCAGCUCGCCGACAGGAAGAUCAGCGAGGUCGUCAUCGAGCUGGACGAUCUCCACGCGUACGAGGAGGAUGUGAACGAGGGGCUCAAGCUGGUCGAGUGGGUUGAGCAAAAUACGAAGCACUACGUCGAGAUCCUUUCUAGGGCCGUCGACAAGCUGAUGCCCCCGCCAAGCGACAACAUCACCUUCAAAGACGAUGUGCUCGACGUCCUCAUGGCGAACCGGAUACAGCGCAACCAGAUGCUGGCAGGCAUUGCGGACCGGGAAUCAGACCCCACCAUCCUCAGCGACCAGUACCCCGCACAACUCACCCGGCGAUACACGCUGGUCUUUAAGCCGAGGACGUCAACCAACGACAACCCGGCGAAGGCGCUGUCUGUCCGCCAGGUCCGAGGUGAUCAUCUCGGCAAGCUCAUCACCAUCCGCGGCAUUGCAACCCGCGUCUCCGAUGUCAAGCCCAUCGUCCAAGUCAGCGCUUACACAUGCGACCGCUGCGGCUGUGAGAUCUUCCAGCCCGUCGCCGACAAGCAAUACGGCCCUCUGACCCUCUGCCCGUCCAAGGACUGCGAGGAAAACCAGUCCAAGGGGCAGCUGUACCCGUCGUCAAGGGCGUCAAAGUUUAUGCCCUUCCAGGAGGUCAAGAUCCAGGAGCUUGCAGAGCAGGUCCCCAUCGGCCAAAUACCCCGGACGUUGACCGUGCUGUGUUACGGUAGCCUUGUCAGACAAGUCAGCCCCGGUGAUGUCGUCGAUAUCUCCGGUAUCUUCCUCCCCACCCCGUAUACCGGGUUCCAGGCCAUGCGUGCCGGCCUGUUGACCGACACUUACCUUGAGGCGCACCACAUUGUCCAGCACAAGAAGGCGUACGAGCACAUGGAGAUCGACCCCAUGAUGGCCCGGCGAAUUGCCAAAUUCACACAGUCGGGCAACCAGUACGAGUACCUUGCCAAGUCAAUCGCGCCAGAGAUCUACGGCCAUCUCGACGUCAAGAAGGCCCUUCUGCUGCUGCUAGUCGGCGGCGUCACCAAGGAAGUCGGCGACGGCAUGCGUAUUCGCGGUGACAUCAACAUCUGCCUGAUGGGUGACCCCGGUGUGGCCAAGUCGCAGUUGCUCAAGUACAUCUCCAAGGUGGCCCCGCGCGGCGUGUAUACCUCGGGCCGCGGCAGCAGCGGCGUCGGUCUCACGGCCGCCGUGAUGCGCGACCCAGUCACGGACGAGAUGGUGCUCGAAGGCGGCGCUCUCGUUCUCGCCGACAACGGCAUUUGCUGCAUCGACGAGUUCGACAAGAUGGACGACAACGACCGCACCGCCAUCCACGAAGUCAUGGAACAGCAAACCAUCUCCAUCUCCAAAGCAGGCAUCAGCACCACCCUCAACGCCCGCACCUCCAUCCUCGCCGCCGCCAACCCCAUUUACGGCCGCUACAACACGCGCCUGUCGGCCGUCGAGAACAUCAACCUCCCCGCCGCCCUGCUUUCCCGCUUCGACAUCAUGUUCCUCCUGCUCGACACCCCGACCCGCGAGACCGACGCCCAGCUGGCCAAGCACGUCGCACACGUGCAUAUGCACAGCCGGCACCCGGACCUGGGCACCGCCGACGGCGUCGUCUUUUCCCCGCAAGAAGUCCGCGCCUACGUCGCGCAGGCGCGCACCUUCCGCCCCGUCGUGCCGCAGGCCGUGUCCGAGUACAUGGUCAAGACGUACGUGCGCAUGCGCGGCGCUCAGCGGCGCGCCGAGAAGCGCAUGCAGCACAACAACUUUGGGCACACCACGCCCCGUACCCUGCUCGGCGUCGUGCGGCUGGCCCAGGCGCUGGCACGGCUGCGGUUCAGCAACACUGUCACCCAAGAAGAUGUGGACGAGGCGCUGCGGCUGGUGGAGGCUAGCAAGGAGAGUCUGGCGGCGGAUGAGAGGAGCCAGAGUGGGCGGCGGGUGCUGAAUGCCAGUAGCAAGAUCUAUAACCUUGUCAAGGGGCUCGCGGAUACCGGCGCGUGCAGAGCGGAUGAUGCGGAGGAUGAGGAGGAGGAGGAGGAGGGAUAUGGGGUGGAACUGAGCUUGCGGAAGGUCAAAGAGAGGAUUAUUGCCAAGGGAUUCACCGAGAAUCAGUGGCUGGCGGCUUUGGAGGAGUAUACCGAGUUGGAUGUCUGGCAGACGGCUGGCAACGGCACGCGGUUGGUGUUUAUCACGUCGGGAAACGCCGAGAGGGAGGGGAGCCAAGAGCUGUGAGGGUGCUGCCUGGGAUGGUCAUGACUUGCGUGAGCUGCUGCACUUAGGUUACUGUUUUAUGUCAAACACGGCGUUUGUAGGGGUCAGCUAGGGAAUCGAAUGGCUGAAUGGCGAAGGCGGUUGUAACGGUUUGGUCCCUUAUGAUGUAGCGGCGUAGUCCUGUUGGUUGGGAAGUGAAAUGCAGUUAAGACUGAAGUCUUGUGUGUGCCUCAAACCCAUAGUGGUUGACGCAUCAGUGAUCAUACCAUUGUAAAGGCGGUGACUUGAAUGCGGGACAAACUUGGCCUCUAUCACAGUACAGUUUACAUCUC